AUGGAAGACAGUAUUGUUGAUGACCAAGAAUGGCAAGAAAAAGUUGCUGUUCUACGCUCCGGUAUUGAAAGACUAACUUCCAUGGUUCAAGACUUAGUGGCUGCUCCGAAUCAGCCACUAACCCAAGCUCAGACUACUGUGAUCUCCGAGAUAGAGAUUGCUCAGAUUCCUGUAAUCCCUACAAUUCCUACAACUACUAGGCCAUAUGGGAUAGAUAUGGAUUUCCAAUUGGCUGGACAACAGAUCCCUGUUUCACAGACAACAAAUCCUCAAGCUAUUAUGACUGCUACUCGUGCUGUUGUAAACACUGUUUCCCUUCACAACGAACAGAUUUCCCAUGGCGCUCCUUCUAAAGGUAUGGGUAAAAUGGAAGAAUUUGAAGACCAAUUUAUAGAGAUGCAAAAAGAGAUCAAGGCCCUUAGAGGAAAAGAUCUAUUUGGAAAGGAAGUGAAUGAUUUAUGCUUGGUUCCGAAUGUCAGAGUUCCGACCAAGUUUAGACUCCCAGAAUUUGAGAAGUACAAAGGGAAUUCCUGUCCUCACAGUCAACUAAUCAUGUAUGUAAGGAAAAUAUCCAUGCACACCAAAGAUCAACGCUUGUUAAUUCACUACUUUCAAGAUAGCUUAUCUGGAGCUGCUUUGAAAUGGUAUAUGGGUCUGGAUAGUACUCACAUAUGUACUUUCCAUGACCUGGGUGAAGCUUUUAUCAGAAAGUACAAGUACAAUAUUGAUAUGGCACCGGACAUAGAUCAACUCCGUGCUAUGUCCCAAAAAGAAAAAGAGUCCUUUAAAGAGUACGCGCAAAGAUGGCGUGAAAUAGCUGCUCAAAUCGUUCCUCCCAUGGAAGAGAAAGAAAUGACCAAGGUAUUCCUUAAAACACUGAACGCAUUUUAUUAUGAGAAGAUGGUAGCAAGCGCUCCCAGCGACUUUACUGAAAUGGUAAACAUGGGGAUGCGGAUUGAAGAAGGUAUCCGAGAAGGUCGCCUAGUCAAAGAAGCUAGUUCAUCACUAGCUAGUGGUGGCACCAAAAGAUUUGGUAGUAACUUUGCCAAGAAGAAGGAAGAAACUAAUGUGCUGAAGCCUCAGCCUCAACAGCCUCGACAACAGGCUCCUCAACAAAAUCAACAAAGGAAGUAUCCACCUUUUGAUCCUAUUUCGAUGACUUAUACGGAAUUACUGCCUUUGCUUAUUCAAAAGUAUCUGGUUCAGCUGAGGGAUCCUCCUCCUCCUCCUUCUAAUCCUCCAUUUUGGUACAAGGCGGACGCUCAUUGUGCUUUUCACAAGAAUGCUCCAGGUCAUACUGUGGAAAAUUGUUAUCCUCUCAUGAGUGAAGUACAGAAACUGGUCCGAAGCAACAUGCUCACCUUCAAGGAUGUUAAUCCCAAUGUUCAAAAUAAUCCACUACCUAACCAUGAGACUGUCAAUGCAAUACAUACUCAAUCCGGUUAUGAAUACUUACAUGAUGUUCGCGAAUCAACUCGAUCUUUGGUACAAAUGCACAUUGUAUUCUGUGGACUUAACUAUUUUCCUCCUCACGAUUACAAUGCUUGUUUAGUUUGCUCAGACUCCAUUCAAGGGUGUGAAAUUGUGAUCAAUGACCUUCAGAAGUUACUGGAUAGAGGAGUCAUCAGUAUAUCAAGAAGGAAAAGAAGUGAAUAUACUCAUUAUAUUAAUAUGGUGCAAGGAAGCCCUGGGAGGUACCAAGUGUGGGAUAUUCGUUUCAUCAGAGAACCAUUGGUCUUAUUGCACAUAAGGCUGUGUCGGUUGGCUUUCUUUCAACAUGAUCAUAAUGCCUGUAGAGUUUAUUCUGUGAAUCCCCGAGGUUGUCGUCAAGUCAGAAGAGAAAUUCAGAAGAUGUUGGACGAGAGGACUCUCCACCUUACUUAUGAAAGAGAUGAUAACUUUAACAUGGUGACUGCUGAGUUUCCAAUCCCCGAAGUUGUGGAGAUAUCCUAUGAUAGCCAAAACAUGGCUGCUAUUCCUCUCACAAUUCAAAUGCCAAAGCCAUUUCCUUACAACUCAAGUACUAUUGUUCCUUGGAGAUAUGGUGCCACCAUCAUAACAGGGAAGGAAGAAGUUAAGCCUGAACUUGAGUCGACUAUUGUAAACAUUGCUGAUGUAAGCUGCAUGACUCAAAGCGGUCGUUUAUUUGCACCAAUUCCUUCUAAGCUAAGAAGUAAUUUGGCUGCACAAGUUCCUCCUCAAAAGGAUGUGCCUAGGGAAGAACCUGUUAUCCCUAAACCCGUCUUUGAAACUAAAGAUGAUGAUGCAGAAGAAUUCCUGAAUUUAAUCAAGAAGAGUGACUAUAAGGAGUUUGAUAAUGUUGUUUCCAACAUCACCGUCAACAAUGUGUUAAGCUUUAGUAAAGAAGAACUUCCCCCGGAAGGACUGGAGCACAAUCACGCCCUACACUUCUCCAUGAAAUAUGGAGAAGAUACCUUGAAGAAUGUGCUGGUUGAUACUAGUUCAUCCUUGAAUGUCAUGCCCAGGAGCACCUUGGAAAGACUGUCCUAUCAAGGGGCAACUAUAAGGUUGAAUGGGAUUGUUGUUAAAGCUUUUGAUGGUUCAAAGCGCACCGUGAUCGGAGAUGUUGAUCUUCCUAUCCGCAUCAUACCUUAUGAUUUUGAAAUCACUUUUCAAAUAAUGGAUAUCUACCCCGCUUACAGCUGUUUGUUGGGAAGGCCCUGGAUCCAUAGUGCUGGAGCUGUUACAUCCACUCUCCACCAGAUGCUGAAGUUUGCUGUGAAAGACAAGUUGAUUACUGUUUAUGGAGAGCAAACUAUGUUCGUAAGUCAUUUAUCUUCUAUCCCUAAUAUGGAAGGAUUUGAAGCUCAAUUCCAAGCUUUGGAAAUUGUUAAUCCUGAAUACGGAAAGAAAGCUGGUUCGUUUAUUUCAUCCUGGAAAGAUGCCCAAAAAGUGGUCGCCCAAGGAUCAUACGAAGGCUGGGGGCAAGUUAUUGAACUUUCCACCAACAAAGACAAAAAUGGUCUAGGAUUCACAUCCCAGAAGUUAAAAGGAAAGGGAUCUGAGUAUGGAAGCUGCAGCAAGACUCUGCAUGAAACUUUUCAAAGUGCUGGCUACAUCAACCCAAAUAAAUAG